CGUCGUGUUCAGAUUCAGCGUGAGCUCACUUUCACUGCGUAUCUUGCACGCCUACCAAGCUUCACACACCCCGUUUGCUGCCCACGUGGCUGCUAAGGCCACGGCUGAUUAGGAUCAAUGGUGAAGUUCUAUCUCAACACACUGCUGAUCCUUUUGCUGCCAAAAACUUACACUCCUUUGGCCAACCAUCCACGCUUCUUACCCACCAGCAACGCAUCUCGCCCUUCUCGUCUACCAACUCACCAAACUUAUACUUCAAUCUCGCCAUGUCCGACCCACCACCUCCCCCACAACAUACCACGCCCGCGGCGAUCCCAAUGGGCUUCAGCGCACAAAUCCGCUUGCUCCGCGAAACCCAGCUUUCGCAAGCCCACCGAAUCAGCGCACUAGAGCACGAGAACAGCCUGCUCAAAGCCUCCCUCUCCCACUCUUGCUCUUCGGAGACGCAAGCGCGCAUCUCCGCCCUGGAAGCUCACAACACGUACCUCCUCGCGCGACGCACGGAAGCAGUCACCCAGCUGCUGAAUCUGCGCACGCUGCACCAAGAAUCCGCCAACGCGUUUCUCGUGCGCGCCGGCGAUGUCGGCGAGGACGAUUUCGAGGGCAUGCUGGGCGUGUGGGCGACGAGUGUGACGACGCUGUUGAAUGUGCAGCAGCGCGCGCUGGGGAUGGUGAGCGCGCGGGGACAGAUGUCGGUGUUUGGUGGUGUGCACGGGGCGGCAGGAUGCGGUCUGGGAUAUGCGUGGAUGGGCGGUGCUUGGGUUGGGUGGUGCUAUGCUCACUCGCUGCCUUACCCGUGUCGGGUGUGUGGUCACUAGGGGGAGCUCAGGUCUGUUUCCUCACUCUUUCUACGACACGGCAUGCACGUCGAUUUCAUUGAGACUGGUGUUUGGCAGCACGUCUUCCACCCGGCUUCCGCAACAAGGAAGCUCAAUCUCCACUUCUCACCCUUUCCAUGGCGAUGUUGUUUCUUCUUUCAGGCUCCUUGAACGGAUUAUUGGCACAACACAAGCUGAGCGAUGCAUUUCGCGUCUUUGGCACUUUGAUUUUGGGCGUCUCGGCUCUUUUUCUUGCUCUCGAAUGACGGGGCUGGUACGAGUGGCUUCUGGGGAUAUGUUCUGUAUGGUGCCAUGUUUGUGACGAGUAUUUCAGGAAGCAGCGCGCGGCGGG